AAAGCGACACUCAACCGUUUGGAAUCAGUCUCUCCUGGAACGCGCCGAAGUGUAGCCGAUUUCCAGCUGUUGAAUUUUCCACGUGACCGGCGUGAUUUUCCUGGAGUUUUCCGCGAGCCUUUGGAGUGAUUCCGGAAUAUUUGUCUCUUUGGAUUUUUCAGUGGUGUGAGGGAAGCCAGACAAUAUUAUGUAUACGGUCAUUAACGACAUCAGACGCAGUUUUGCCGUUCUUUCAGCUCUUUUUAUAACAGUAAUUACCAGUAAGGUGAAGGGCCAUGAACACUGCAGUCCUCAGGAACUGAUGAACUGCGCCAAGCCCCUCUCAGUCCUCACCGAUUCAGGAUUGACCUUCGUCUCCAGCAAAGCCGACUUGGAUAAAAUCUGCCCAGACCUCAAGGAAGCCAUUAGAUGCAUCCACGCUUACACUAGGCACUGCAUGAACAACGAACACAGAAGGCAUUUCAAGAAGCUCUUCCACGGCACAGGUCUAAUGGUACACGAAUUGUGCAGGAACGGAACAUACCAGGAAGAGUAUCUGAAGCACGCACCUUGCAUGAAAAGAGUGGAGAAGCAGAACGAGGUCUGCUUCAAACGUUACACCAAAGCCAUGAACGAGAUCCAGUCCAACACGCCGGAAGUGAACAGUUCCGAACCGGAUAUAGUCAACGUGAUCAAGAAGAAGAGGGAAGCCGCAGAUGAAGGAAUAAAAAAUGUCUGCUGUUCCUUCCAAGAAUACGUAGAAUGUUCAACGCACACAAUGAGGCGGCAGUGUGGCGAAGAAGCCGCCGAAUUCAGUAGAAGGUUCAUGGACAAAAUGUCUUCCUCCAUGAUACAGUUACACUGCACAGAGUACGGAAGAAGAGAGUGUGGCUUAAUAGCAGCCUCCAGUAGGAUAGAAAAUUCAGCACUAGCGGUCAUAGCCUUUAGUUUAGUAGCACUCUUCUUGCGGUGAAUUGUAUCAUUAUAGAAACGGUGUGAUGUUGGAAUUGAGCGAAUGGUCAAGAUAAAGUUGCGUGCAUUUACUCUAGUAUUGUGUUCAAGGAAAUUUUUGAUUUGUGUUAAUUAAGUCAAACAAGGGAAAUAUGCAAUUACUAGAACUGUUUAGAAUUACUAGUAGGGAGUAGGAUAAUUUCACAAAAGACUGAUAUAGUAGCUAUAUUUCCCUGGUUUGACUGUAAUCUCUCUAAAAGUGGCCCUGUCACUUGGUCGGGCAUAAGGUCUGCCACAACAUCACCGGGUCCAUGAUUUAGUAAUAGAAUAUUUUAGGAACAGAGGCUCUCUGUAGUGGAUGUAGUAUUUCUUGUGGCAGUCUGCUGGGACCCUAAUCUCCACUUGUUCUGAUUAAUUCAUAAUUUUUUAUUUUUAUGUAAAACACUACAUUUUAAAACUUAUUGUUAAAAUAAAAUUUUUAAAAAAUAUAUAUAAAAAUUGUAGAUAAAAUUUGUUUAUAUAUAACGCAGAAUAUAUAAAGAUACCAAAUAAGCAAUCACUAUAUUAGAUAACUAGUUAAUUUUUAGAGGCACUUUAUCUCUAGUCUUUUUCUUAUUAAGUAUGUGAUUGCAAAUGAUAAAGGAACUGCAGAAAUAAAUUAUGUUUUAUUUAUUUUUGUAACAAAACAGUUAUAUUCUCAAUCAUCGAAAUAAAAUUAUAUCAAAAAGUUCCUAUAAAAUUGUUAUCGUUGUCCGAUUUAAUUUAUUUUAUUCAUAUUUAAUUGUGGCAUAACACCACAUAUUCCAUUGUAAUGUGUAAUGCUAAGUAGUAGAUAUCAUUAUUUAUAAUAAUUUUUAAAUGUGUAAAUUAUUUUUCUACACCGUCCAUUCAUCAUAUUAGUUGUGAUAAAAUUAUCAAAAUGAUCUAUUGAGAGCGAGAAUAAAUGCUGAUACUUAUAUAUAGUUGUACAUAUCAAUAAUAACAAAUAUAUAUUGAAAAGACAUCAAUCAAUUUGUUAACAAAAAAACUGUUGUAAUAAAGUAUUAA